CUUGCUGUAGCUGAGUGGUCCGGGUUGGUCAGUGUUGUCAGAGGGGCAGCAUGAGAUAUUUCUCUGCUCGGAUCAUGCAAACAUGGGGAUAUUUGGAGGAAAAAUCGAUUUGACAACUCACUCGGGGAAAAGAGACAUGUGGCGGACUCUAACUCUCUCACUGAUAGUUGCACUGGUUCUGGGCACAGAGCUGUCCCGGUCUGAGGAUGUGGGGUCCAUGGUGGCUGGCGAAAAGGCGGUGCAUGGGCAGCAGGAGAAUUUCAGCGACAUAUCCACUGUACUAGGAAAUUCCCGACACCAGAUUCUGGCUGCUCAGUUUGAAUGCUACCUGAAGAUAAUCAGCGAUCCACCACAUACAGAAGAAGGUACUUACUGUAAUCGUACGUGGGACGGCUGGCUGUGCUGGGGGGACUCUGCUCCAGGGACCGCAAUGCAGAUGUGUCCUGAGUACUUUCACGACUUUGACCCUGGUGAGAAGGUUACCAAAGUGUGUAAUCCUGACGGCCAGUGGUUCCAUCACCCAGAGAGCAACCGAAUCUGGACUAACUACACCCAGUGUCAAGCCUACACCAAAGACAAACUCAAGUUUGCCAUCAGCCUCUACUACCUGGCCAUGGUGGGUCAUGGUCUGUCUAUUGUCUCCCUGAUCAUCUGCGUCAUCAUCUUCUCCUACUUCAAGAGUCUUAGCUGCCAGAGAAUCUCCCUCCACAAGAACAUGUUUCUCUCCUUCAUCUUGAACUCCAUUGUUACUAUAAUGUGGCUCUCAGUCACUGUGGCCAAUAACCACACCAUAGAUGCCAACAACCCUGUGAGCUGUAAGGUCCUGGCUGUGCUGACUCAGUAUACAUCUACUUCCAGUUACUUCUGGAUGCUGUGUGAAGGCAUCUACCUCCACACGCUCAUCAUAGUGGCCGUGUUUGUCGGGGAACAGCAGCUCUUCUGGUACUACGUCCUGGGAUGGGGUUUUCCUAUCGUUCCUGCCUUGACGUAUGCUGUGGCUCGCGGGCUCUUCUAUAACGACAAAUGUUGGAUCAGCUCAAACACUCACCUGGUCUACAUCAUCCAUGGGCCCAUUCAAGCUGCUCUGGUUGUGAACCUUAUCUUUCUCCUGAACAUCGUCCGCGUUCUGAUCACCAAGCUGAAGGAAACCCACUGUGCCGAGUCCACGGCCUACAUGAAGGCAGUGAGAGCCACCCUCAUCCUUAUCCCUCUGCUGGGGGUCCAGUACAUCCUCUUCCCCUGGAGGCCGGAGGGACGCAUCAGCCGCGCCAUAUAUGAUUUCUUUGUAAAUAUCUUCUGCCACUUCCAGGGACUCCUGGUGGCAAUUAUAUUCUGUUUCUGCAAUGCUGAGGCCCAGGCGGCACUGCGGAGGAAAUGGGCUCAGCGGAAGUUCACCUGGGGUAAAGCCGGCUGGGGAGAAACACCCAUCUCUAGCAACCUCUUUAACUACCACACCAACUCCUCCAUCACCGAAACUAGCCGCGCCACAAUCAACUUGGAGAAGCCUGCUGCUGCGCCUUCUGAACUAAACAACCACUUCCUGUCCAAGUUGCAGGAGAAAGCCAACGGGCAGCAAAACAGUACUUGCAGCAAUGGGGAGGCAGACAUGCUCAACAAGCUGGAGACCACUGACAUCUGACUGGAUAAAGCACGGAGGGGACACAGAAGGACUGAGGCUUCAGGAAACAGAGAGGUUACAGGUAUAUGUUCAUAAUAAAGGCUAACAGGAUGGGCGUGUACCUAUGUAAAUAGUAGCUGAAGAGCACUUAAAAGGCAGGUGGUGUUCACACAUAUACACACACAUUUUUACAGCAACAUCUCCAGUUUUUGGAUUCGCAAGAACUGAUGAGGAAAUUAAUUUUAUGGUGUCAUCCUGUAAUCCUAGUAUCAUAAUGUUUUUGUCCUAGUUUUUAUAUUUCUUGUCAGAAUGGAGAAAGGGGCAAAUCCCGAACCUGACAUCUUGAUAUCACAGACGCAGAACUCUAUGUUUGUGUAAUCUGUUGCCUUAUGAAUCCUGUGCUCUACCCGUACACCACUGUGACCAAUGAAUGUCAUAGCCCACUGAUGUGAUCACACAUAUUUUACUUUUUCUACAUGCUUUUAUCUAAGAAAGAUAAUCAUACUCUGGCCCAUGGAAAGCCAGUAUCCACAUUUUGGUUUAGAGAGAGAAUCAUUGUUUUAACAGGAUGAAACACGACAAAAGCAGCAGAAUUAUAGUUCACAUUUUGAUUCAGAUUUCCUGUUGAAAUGUAACAGACAGAUGUAAAAUUUACUCUCAGUCUGAGGAAGUGUACAGUUGCCAAAGUGCUUAAAGUUUUGAACAUACACAGCAUUAGGGGCUCAUUUGUCUUGCAAAGGCCAAACGCAGUAAACACAAGACCAGAAUCUGACUUUUUGAUAUUGUUUCACAACAUAAUAAUAUAACAAUACUCCAUAGAAAUGCAUAGCUUCUGCUGAAAACAGAGUGUAACAGAAAACUGAGCUAAUAACCAAACUGUAGUAACUGCACAACACAGUAGCUAAACCAAAAGAGCUGCUGUAUAUCAAGCUAGCGCUAGUUGGUGAAAUAGCCACAACUAGCUUUAGCUAAAGCUAAAAUCUAUUUACUUAUUUUUAUCUGCUCUGUAAUUUAAAAAUAUAAUUUUUUGAUAAACUUAUACCUGGUAACUCAGUUAAUUAUUCCAUAUAGUUAAAUUAGACAGCAGCUAAAUCAUCAGUGAUGAAGAAAAAUAAACCCAGCUGAACUCCUGCUAAAGCUAACUGUGUUAGCAGAGCAGCAGUAGCAUCAUCUCAGCUUUUAGCUCUAGUGGGGUUAAGGUUUAACUUUAACAGUUGCCUAUUAUAAAACAGAAAUUUAAUGCCUACGAUCUACGGGCUGUAAAUAAUCAAAAUAAAGUUUAUUUUCUUAAACAAACAAGUUAAAAGGGACAAAGAAAAGCUAACAAGAAAGAACACCUGGCAAAAAUGAUCAAAAACGCUAACAGGAUCUAUGGCAAUAAAUCUUUUGGCUAACCUGAAAACCUUAACCCGUUUCUCUCAACUCCACUGCCUCUGUAGUUACGUUCUUUGUCUUUGUCGGCUCUAAUGUUGAAAACAGAAGUCAUAUUUCAGCUUUGGGUUGUAAAACUAAUUCUUGACAGGUUAAAUGUUAAGUUUGGACACUGAACAGAAGAAGCUACACAUUACCGCUGUAUAAAAGGUUUUUUGAAGUCACUAUGUUUGCUUACACAAAUCUUAACUUUGCUAAAAUGGUUAACUCAUUUUCAUGGCAAAUAAACAGACCUCAUCAUGUGAAUGUGGAAUUUACCAUGUUAAAAGGGAUUCAGAUUCGUACACAGCUCAUGUUGAAUAGGAGAUAGAACAGUGGAAACAGUGGCUGUACAUAACAGCUAAACAUGUAUGUAAACUAGUAUGUGGUUAAUUUUAAGCCUCAUAUGAUUCAAACCAAAGCUUUACCUCCUGGAACCAAAUUAUGUGCUGAACAUUAUGGAUAAUAACUCCCUCCAGUUCAAAGUAGGAGCUGUGCUUUGAGUACAGGAGAAUUACCAGUGCAGAGAUAAUGGAGCUCUGGGGUGAGGCAAUAAUUUCACUCAUGCUGAAUCUCAGUCAUUCUCCUCACUCACUCCAUUAACACCAAGGGUCGGGGUACUUUGGCAAAAACAUGGCACUCAUAGAGGAGAUUCAGAAACACUAUGCUGUGUGGAAUAAUGUACAUGAGCAGUGUGUGCACAGGUGCUUUUCACAAAUAGUCCCUCCUCCAACUUUGUUAUAACUUACAUUUUCACUUUGUAUUACGACAUUAAUUUUAUUGUAAUAUGACAGGAGAUCUGAAUCUUCUGAAACGAUUCUGUGAUGAAUAUAGCUUUUGCAGACACAACAAGACUGUGCCAAAUUAGUGUAUAGUGUUUUUUCUAUUUCUUAUUAACUGCACUUCAGUCAGCAUGGGAAGGAGACAAUUUCAAAGAUUUGUAAUGUGUUUAUUAUAAUAGUGUUCCUAUUGCCUUGUAAAGUUCUAUAUUAUUAUUAUUAUUUUUAUUGUACUGGCUGUUUUACUAUUUCUAAAUGCACAAAUACAGUUCACUGCCACUUCACUAAUUUAAUAGUUUUUUCAUUGCACAUGUACUGUGCUGUAUGCACACUGGCAGGCUACAGUACCAGCACCAUUUCAAUUUCCACUGGAAUACUGAGCAAGUCUUAUGUUUGAAAGUGAACUAGCAGCAAAUGUAUUUUGGUGUUUUUCCAGGAUGCAUCCACGCACAAUAUACUGGGAAUACAAAUGCUCCAGUGUGUAUACAGCAGGGUACACUGAUGCAUAAGGGGAAUAAACCACAAUUGUGGUAAGAAAACAGCUGAGUAUGAGGAGGCUCUGUUAGAGAGCGGUGGCUCUCCACUCAUUCUGCACAGGGUCCCCAACCCUGUACACUUCUGCCAAUCCUGCCCAGUAGAGAAACAGCUGUCAUGGACAUAUUUGCAAAGAAAUUCGAGGAACAUUCCAAUAAACCAUCAAAAGAAAUGUUAAAUUCAAGCAUAUUACUGUAUAUAUGUUUUUAACACUGCCAUUAACGUGUGGAAAUAAAGUUGUUUGAAUUUAAA